AUGUCGACUAACAGAGAAGGCGUCAAUCCUUUGAGGCCGUACUAUAUCCCUCCCACGAUCGGUGAACCAGCAGAGACUAUCCAUAAGGCGAGCCCCAGCCCGAACCCAUUCCCUGAUGGACGACAUGUGACUGUCGCCGGUGAAGGUUAUGCCUCCAAAGCACGCGACAUCCUCUCCGACCUCGAAUACAAUGAUUACCUUGGCGACCCCUCGCCGUCGAUGGUCCGAAGUGCCAAGGACCUUAUCGACGACCUGCUAUGGAAGUACACCUCGGUUCUCAUGGCCCAGCCUUUCGAGGUAGCAAAGACGUUGUUGCAGGUCCGGAACCAGGAUGAAAAUGCCGCGUACGAGACCACUCCCGUUGAGCCCGAGACACCCAAGAGGAGAGUCUCUCCGCAGAGGAGCCCUAUGUACGACUUUAGAGAUUCGGACUCUGAGGGCGAAGAGCCUGCGUACUUCACAUCGAAUGCCCCUCCCACUCCAACUCCUUCUGAGCCCAGAAGCAUAGGCGGCCGACGGGCCAUGUCUCCUGUGAAGAAACCGAUCCAGCCGGAACAUUACCUUACACUCCGCCGGCCAGACUCGAUCCUUGAAGUGAUCGGGCAGCUGUGGGGUAAAGAAGGUGCUUGGGGUGUGUGGAAGGGUUCAAAUGCGACGUUUCUCUAUACGGUGCUGCAGUCAUUGCUGGAAAACUGGAGUAGAAGCUUUCUCAGUGCCAUUUUCAAUGUUCCAGAUAUGGGUGUAAGAGAAGAUAUUGAUCGCAUGAUCGAUAUCGCCUCGCCUUAUCCUUGGGCUUCUCUUUUCGUAGCCGCAGCUGCUGCUGUUGCCACGGGACUUGCUCUCUCUCCAUUGGACUUGGUGCGAACUAGGCUCAUCGUUACCCCGAGCUCAAACGGCCAGCGCAGGACGCUAGCUACCCUCAGAAACCUCCCCUCAUAUGUCUGCUCCUCCAUGCUAGCAGUCCCGACUAUCCUUAACUCCUUGAUUCACCCUCUCAUCACACUUUCAACACCUCUUGUCCUCCGAACUCAGUUCAUGAUCGACAGCCAUGCCUCCCCCAUGGCCUUUUCCAUCUCCAAAUUCAUCGCCUCGUCAUCUGCGAUCCUUCUCAAGCUGCCCAUUGAGACUGUUCUUCGACGUGGACAAGUUUCGCUCUUGUCCAGCCGUGAAUACGUAGAGGCUCUCAGCGGCCCUGGCCAACAAUUCAACACCAUCGUUCCUCCAGGACGUUACGAAGGCACCAUCGGCACCAUGUUCCAUAUCGUGAACGAGGAGGGAACUCACGAGGUCUCGAGCACAAAACCAGCUGCAGUUAAGAAGGCCAAGGCUAAGACUAAGGGUAUUGCCACCACGGUGCACAAGGGCCAGGGCCGCGAGGGACUCUGGAGAGGUUGGAAGGUCAAUUGGUGGGGUCUUGUUGGCCUCUGGACCGCGAGUGUGGUCGGCCAUGGCGGAGAAGGCGAGUUCUGA